CACAAGAUGCUUAACAUAUCACGCACCAGCCACUUUAAUUGGUCCACCAUGCUAGUACUGGGUUGGACCCCCCCUUUGCCUUCAGAACUGCCUUAGUCCUUGGUGGCAUUGAUUCAAUAAAGAACUGGCCUUAUGGCCCUUCGUGUGAAACUCUUUGAGUCAAACCUUUCCACAGAUUUUUCUAGUUCUAGAAGAAUUUUGACAUCGUGACAAAUAUAAAUGAAUAAAUGUCUAAAAUGAUGUAUCAGAAGUGUUUUAAUUCAUGUCUCUGUGCUCCUCAGGACUUUAGAGACUUCCUCGUGUCCCAUGGCGCUGCAGGAGCUUGGCAUCAGUCUGUCCAUGACGGGUCUGGCUGGCACCAUCCUGAUCUGUGCUCUACCCAUGUGGAAGGUGACGGCCUUCAUCGGCACCCACCUGGUGGUCAUGCAGGUCUUCUGGGAGGGGUUGUGGAUGACCUGCGUCAGCGAGUACACUGGCCAGAUGCAGUGCAAGCUCUACGACGCCUUGCUGGACCUGUCGCCGGACCUGCAGGCCGCUCGAGGCCUCAUCUGCAUCAGCAUGGUGCUGGGCUGCCUGGGGUUUCUCAUUUUCCUCCUGGGGGCACGCUGCACCAACUGCCUGAGCCACCCACGCUUCAAGGCCAAGGUUGUGCUCAGCUCCGGGGCCAUCUUCUGCCUGGCGGCGCUCACCACCAUCGUCGCUGUUUCGUGGACAGCCAACACUAUAAUCAGGGAGUUCCACAACCCCCGGGUCCCCGAGGUGCUGAAGAGGGAGCUGGGAGCAGCCAUCUACAUAGGCUUUGUGACAUCUGGACUGCUGUUCUGUGGAGGAGCUAUGCUGUGCUUAAACUGUCCUCCACAGAAAGCCAGAAUCUCCUCCAGUGGUUACAUCCCAGCUAAGACAGCCACACGGCACAGCUACGCUAUCAAGAACUAUGUGUAGCAUUUAAGAUCAGCCUGCAAAUCCAUGACUUUUUAAGCAGAACAUGGAGAAGAGGUUGACUGUAUCAACCUUACUUAAUGUUGAUUAACUGUGUUUGGGUUGAUGAAGACUUUUGUCUAAACCCUAUAUGUGAAGAGCAAAUGCCUGUAAAGGUUUAGAUUUUAAGUAACCCAGCUUUAAUCUAUUUGUUCAAAACAAUACACACGUUUUUGACAGAA